AUGGACGGAGACGGCUUCUCGGUUAUUUCACUCACCUCGCUCGGCUCGAGUAUCUCUCACCGCGUCUUAUCCAGCGCCGAAGAGCUCAAUGAAUUGAACACUGCGCUUCAAGUCCCCGACGAGCGAUUGUCCUCGUUCGCGACGAGGCUGUAUCAGCUUCAUCAGCAUGUGGGAGUGCUCGAGACUGCGCUGAAUAGCGCCAGUGCCAUCUCGGGUCGCUUGCAGACGACGAUAAGUCAGAGUCUGGGAUCGUGCGAUGUUGUCGCGACUGUGUUGAACAAGCAGAUUAUGAGACUGCAGGCCGAGACGCUGCCGUUGAUGGAUGAGGUGUUUUUGGUGGUUUAUAGUGAUGCUGUUGUUGCGUUUUCUCGGCUCUUUGCGUUUUUCGCAAAAGUGCUGUCGAUCAAAGUUCGAGAUGAUCAAGAUUCUGCUCUCGAUACCAAGAGUGGAAGAGAGAUCUUGGAUCAUGUUAACAGAGCCUGUCAAAAAGCUUCGCAGACCAAGGAUAUUCUUUUCACUGGAUCGCAGAACGACUCUUAUGCCUCGAGUAGUAAAGGACCUCUUCCUGGCGAUAUCGAGCCCCCGCCUUAUGAACCAGCACAACCUUGUUCAGCUCAGUCGCCGAGCGGAUCUUCUGGGUUUGCCAAAGGUCUAUCUUCAUUGACAAACUCGUUCAAGGCCAUGACAGCUGGUCUCUGGCCGAAGCCCGAUCCUUUGUCCACUGCCCUUUGUCAAGCUGCCCUUCGCGGGGAUGUUCAGCAAAUGAGCGGUCUACUCGCACAAGGAGCCAACAUCAAUGGCCGAAACGGAGAAGGCAACUUACCCCUAGGCUGUGCCAUCCUGGCCAACCAAGAAGACGCCGUGCGGUUCCUCAUCGGUUCUGGUGCCGACACCAAUGGCAAAGACAUGAAGAUUCCACCCGUCUUCCUGGCCGCAUCAGUUGGAAGCAUUGGCGUUGCAAAGAUGCUCAUCGACCAGGGCACGUGGAACGUCAACGCUGCCAGUUGGUCUGGACAAUCAUACUUUGUCGAUGUAUGCAACAGUGAGAAUCUAGAGGGUAUUCAGCUUCUCUUGGACAACGGGGCCAAGCCAAACACGACCAACACCUCUGGACGACCGGUUCUCGCACAGGCUGUCAAGAAGGGUAACUUGGAGCUUGUUAGAAUGCUGCUUCAACAUGGCGCGAAUCCAGACACUAGCGAUCUCUCGGGUAAUUCGCUAUUGUCUAUUGCAGCGAGCCAGGACCGUAUGGAUAUGAUGAAGCUGCUUCUUGAAAGUGGAACAAAUGCAAGCUCAAAGAACCUGAGCGGAUUAUCUGUGCUCGCAGACGCUGUUGCAAAGAGAAAACUAGACAUGGCAGAACUUCUUCUCAAACAUGGCGCCAAUGCCAGCGCAAAGGAUCUCGUCGGCCACCCGAUUCUCGUCAUCGCCCUGCGCGACAGCAAGCUUUCACAGAACGACAAAGUUCGAGCCGUGAGAAUGCUUCUCGACCACGGCGCUUCACCAAACGUAUUAGACGGAACCUGGGGCGUCGCAGCGAUAUGCUUCGCCAUGGAGACAGGCAGCACAGACCUAGUGAGAAUGAUGCUCGCAGCUGGAUCAAACACCAAGAAGAAGAUGAGCAGCGGCGAGACACUCUUGCUCUAUGCUAUUGAUAACGGGAAGAGGGACCAGGCCAAGCUUCUUCUCGAAGCUGGCGCUGAUGCUAAUGCGGCGGAUAAGAAGGGCAGAACCCCGUUGAUGCAGGCUAUUUCGAGGAGGGAUACGGAGCUGAUAAGGGUUCUGAAAGCACAUGGAGCGGAUAUGAGUGUUGGAGGGUGUAUUUCACCGGCGGAGCUGGCGCAGUCGAUGGGCGAUCUUGAGAUUCUGCAGAUAUUGGGCUUUGGGUCUUCUUCACAGAGAGGACCAGCUCGAGCGCAUUCACCGCCUCCGCCUGGAUAUGAUGCAGCUAUGGGCAAAGUAUAA